GCUCUUACCGCUAAGAUGAUUUCUAGCAGUUUCAGUCGUGUAGUUGCUUUUACCGGAGCGGCGGGAGCGGUGGUCGGUGUGGUGGCGGGGCUCCGGGGACGGCAGGCCGCCGAGUUUCAGGCCGCUGCCCGGUGUGAAUUCUACCGCCCAUCUUACAACCCUCCACCUGCUGAUUACGACGGGCCCGUCUUCAAACCUCGACUCGACUUCCCCAGGAGCGCUAACCCAGGGAACGAGGCUUUCCCCUGGCUGGACAUAGACUUCAGGACGGAGCCGGAGAGAUACCUGCGGAAGGUUCGCGACUACUGUUUGGAAGGGAAUGUCGAGUGCGACUUCCGGGUAGAACAGAACCAGAUCCGUGACUGGUACCAUGUCCCGUGGAUGUCCUCCCAGCCCACGGGACGGGAGCCCAUCCACGGCAUGACCAUGGAGAAAUCGUCCAAACAGGGGAUGUUGUCGGACUCGCAGCAGAGAGAGGUGCAGAACUGGGCGGUUGCAUUCUACAACUCUCCGGGAGCGUACGCCGUGGGCCGGGUCUGGUCCCUUCCCUGGCAACCUGCACAGGACGGCGCUGCCUUUCCAGAGGGAACUGUGAUGCUUAAGCAGAUAUUCACACAGGCGACGGAGGAAGAAGUUCCCUACCUUAAAGGCAGUCCGGUCUGGAGGGCGGCGAUCGCUAAAACCCCGCGAGAGCCCGGAGACAGGGGUCCGCCCGUGGAGACCAGACUGAUCCAGAUGGACGUCGCCAUCAGAGACGACAGGGCCGGCAUAGGCUGGGUGUUCGGGACGUUUGUGUACCACAGCUCCCGGUGCAGUGACGCCCCCUGGCGGAGACUGGUGCCCGUGUGUCUGCAGUGGGGGAACGAUCCGGACCUGACUCUGCAGCGGUACCAGGAGGGCGCCAGGCCCGUACAGACAUGGAACAACCCGCGGCUCAAGGAAUUGGGGAUGAUACCAGCCUCCCGCCCGUACCUGGGUUGGCUGGGCCGGGCGAACGGACCGGUGGACAACUUCAAGUCCUGCUGCGCCUCUUGCCACUCCACAGCCUCCGUACCGGACAAGGACAACAAAGUCCCUCGCGGAGUCCCUCCGACGAACGCCACCGCCGACCAAGCCUUGUGGUGGUUCCGUAACCUGGCGCCCAGACAGGCCUUUGAGGAAAGCGGCAAGUCACUGGACUAUUCCCUGCAGCUCAGCAGCAGUAUCAAACAUUACAAUGGGUGGAAGAAGUCCUACCUGAAAAAUACCCUCAUAGGUAGACUAAAGGACUGGUGGCUGGAGGCACACCCAUUUCCAGCAACAGCGUCUUCUGGUGGCCAUGGCAAGGAUGAUAAUGCAUACAUUAGAAAAGAUUUGGGAUAAUACUCCUAAGUCAUACGUUUGUUGUCAUGUUAAGCAAACCAACUUCAGGAUAAACAUAUCACAGACUAGCAAGUAUUUAGAUCUAGACUAUCUAAUAGUUGAAUUUUUGUUUGCAUAUGACAAAUAUAGAAAAGCAAGGUGGCAAUCAAUAUCGGCUCUAAGUCAAUUUUGGAUUUUAACAAUGAAUUGAAAAGGUGUGAUUGAAAGGUAAUAGAAAAAUAAGAAAGGUAAACAUGGUAAAGGAAAUACUGUUUGUGGUGUGUCAGCUGUCUGCUUUCACAAUCGCACCUACGGGUACAGUCAGAACAGACUAAUGCUAUCUGUAUCUGUCUAGGAUCGAUCUCAUGGUACUUAACAGUUUUCACGAUUGGUAACAAUGUUAGUAUCAGGAUACAUAAGGCGUACGUAUAAGCACAGCUGAAGGAAAGACACAAACAGCUAUAUCACGCCCCAGUUCUUGACUUCCUGUACAAUCUUCAGUAGUUCAGGUUGUUGACUGGGGAGAAGCCCCGAAGCAGUGUUCACCCUUUCAAACACCCCGAUCGCACAGUCAGCACGGAAGUCUGCUUUCAGCUGAUCCAGUGUGUACAGCUGUAGACCUGCAGAUUCUGUACGGAAACAAGAUAUGUAUUUUUACAAUUGGAUAUAUAUAUAUAUAUAUAUAUAUAUAUAUAUAUAUAUAUAUAUAUAUAUAUAUAUAUAUAUACAAACAUAAGUUGUUUGUUUGCGACACUAUGUAAAUAACAGUUAACUCUUUGUAAUUUUUGUUGUCUUUGUAGUUUUUUUUUAAAUCUCUGUACGGUGUC